CAUUAGGAAAUGGUGGGAACAUAAGAGAGUAUUAAGUCGUCAUUAAUCACAAUCUGCGACACUAUCUCUCAUAUUUCUCUCCAACAUUAAUCAGUAUUCUAAAUUUAUUCAACCAUGACUGAAAAGCCGAAGAAAGGGCAAAUAACCGAAGAAGAUAAUUGCACUCUCUUGCAGAGAUAUCCGGCGAGUACAAUUUUAGCAUUGUUACGAGAGGUAUCGCAAAUUGCAGAUGUAGAUGCAAAGAUUGAUUGGCAUGCGUUAGUGAACAAAACAGAGACUGGAAUUACAAGUGCCAGAGAAUAUCAGAUAUUAUGGCGUCAUUUGGCAUAUCGUCAUCCUUUGUUUGAUUACAUUGCUCCAGAUGAACCGCCUAUAGAUGAUGACAGUGACUUGGAGUUUGAAGUAGAAUGCCCUGAUGUCAGCACCGCCGAUGCGCUGGAUGCUUCCAAUUGCGUAAAGGUUCUUAUUUCGAAGGCCCCCAACUCUCGUAUGCAUAACAACUCUAGUUUUGAGGUGCCAAGGAUUUCAUCAGAAAAUCCACAAAUUCAGAAAUGCUCACAAGCUGCUGGGACAUUUGGCAGAGGGCUGGGAGAAAAUGUAUCAACAAGCAACAUUCAAAAGAAAAGAAAGAGGUCAUCGGAGGAGAAAGAUUCAGAACCUAUUGCUGAUGUUGGGAAGGGAGGUUUUAAGCGGGAAAGAAGUUCAAAGCGAGCCCAGAAGGCACAUACUGCUAAGAAAAAUCCAGGGAGCUCGAACAACCCGGCGGCUUGCAAACGCCGUCCUGAUAUGGAUGCUUUAAAUAAUGCACUUAAAUUGGCUUUGGAUGAUAAUUUAUCAGCACGUGGUGGCAUUGUCAAAAUAAGUGCCGUGAAAAGUAACUUGCCAGUUACUAAGGUUACACCAUCUCAACAGCAACCCUCUCCGGUUCCUGCUGAAGCAUCUUCUGAGAAACCUGCACCAUUGGGCUCUUCAUCAAAGUUUUGUCCUCAGAAAAUGGCAUCAACACAAUCGAGUGUCAGUGCAGAUCGUUUUCAAGCUGCUCACUUACUGCCGAGGCCUGCAUCGUAGUGUCACAUAAUUCAAGUCUCUAACCAAGGCUGCACAGCCAAAGAAUGCACUGUAUAUUUGCACCAGGCCUUCUGCAACGCCAACUUAUGUUCUGUCUUCUAGCGUCCAAAAGUGAGAUCCACAUCUUGACAUCUUUCUUAGCAAUGGAGCGAUGCUCUGCUCAACAAGUGGAAAACAAAACUGUAACAGCUGUAAAUGAUCAAGCUCCGAUGCUUAAUUAGUGACGGAAACCCAGGAUGAUGUUGGAUUGAUGGAGGUUUCAUAAAAUACAUCGGGUAGUAAAAGUAUCUUACGAAAUGAUAUUAAACAUGCCGAUACUCCUUUCCUUUCUUGUGUGACUUGGGCACUCGUAGUCCCACAUUUGAUAGGUAAUUAUCCUCAGUAUAUAUACUUUUUACUUGAUAUGACAUAGCUAAGUCAUCUGAUGGUUGUCAGGUUGCUGCUGGCACUGUAAAGAAUAAUCUUAACUCGAUUUGAAAUAUUUUUAUCUCAGUUUUUUAUGCACACUUCA